AUGGCGAGCCCCGCACGCCCGCGGCAGGAGCUGGCGGCCGAGGAGCGGCGGCUCCGCGGCGCGGCCCCGACGGUGCCCCGCGACGCCAAGCGGGAGGCGGCGGGGGAGCGGCCGGGGCUGCUGGAGCUGCGCCGCUGCGGGCGGCCGCCGUCCCCCGGCCCCGGCGAGCGGCAGGAGGAGGGGGAGGAGGAGGAAGAGGAGGGGGAGGCGGCGGCGGGCGAAGAUUGUUGCGGCAAGUGCAAGAAGCGGGUGCAGUUCGCCGACUCGCUGGGGCUGAGCCUCGCCAGCGUCAAGCACUUCAGCGACGCCGAGGACCCGCAGGUGCCGCCCGCCGCGCUGUCGCACCUGCAGAGCCCGCCCGGCGAGGAGCGGGACCCGCCGCCGCCCGGCGCCGACCCGCCGCCGCCCGCGCUGCUCCUGGUGCCCGACUUCCCCGACGGCGGGGAGCCCGGCGCCGAGCGGCUGCGGCGGCAGCGCGUCUGCCUGGAGCGCCUGGGGCGGCCCGCGGCGCCCACCGACGUGCGGGGCACGGUGCAAGUGCUGGGCGGCCCCGGCCCCAAGGAGGUGACGGUGCGCUACACCUUCAACGAGUGGCUCUCCUUCGUGGACGUCCCGGCCGCGCCCCUGCCCCCCGAGCCGCCGGCCGAGCGCUACGGCUUCACCCUGUGCGUCCCGCCGAGCCUGCGGGAGGGCUCGGCCCUGCACUUCGCCAUCCGCUACCGCAGUCCGCAGGGCGAGUUCUGGGACAACAACGGCGGCCGCAACUACACGCUGCGCUGCUGCGGCUGCCCCGGGGGCGGCCCCGCCGCCGCCCCGCCGGCCCCCGCCGCCCCCCGCUACUGACGCCGGGCGGGCGGGCGAGGGGAGCCGAGGGCACCCGGCCGGGCAGGGGCAGGCGGCCGCACCCCGCGCCCGGAGUGAGGCCCGGCUCGGGAGGGAGACAGCCGGCGCUCCCAGGGCCCCGUCCCGGGGACUGCCCCAAGUCUGGGGAUUUUUAAGCGGGAGCUUCCGUUUCUGCCAGCGAAAGAUGGAUGUGCGUAGGCUCGCAUUGCUGUGGCUUGUGGAAUUGUUCUCCUUUUUGGAUUUUGUCUUUUUAUUAUUUUUUUUUUUUGAAAGAGAGAGAGAGAGAGCGAGAGAGUAAGGAGACUGAGUAGCGUGGGCUUUGCUUUUCCCCUCUUGAAGUGAAUUUUUGAGGUCUUGAUUUGGGCUUGACUCCACUUACCCGGUUACUCAACAGCACUCGUGUGAGAUCUUGGUGGCGUGUUCGCUACAGAUUUAACUGAGGAUCCCAGUUUUCCUGUUCUCAGAUCCAUUUGAAAGACACAGUACUGCGACAGCAGUGGUGUGCUUUGUCCUUUUUUUGUUAUUUUCUUUUAGUUCAAUGGACUCGGUAACAACACGAUUCACUGUUGUGAGCACCUGUCAAACCCGUGACAGGCUUGUGUGCCCGUCCCACCUUUGCCAUGGCUGCGGCGGCUCUGAAGAGCAGGCAUUCUGUUUUGGGGCUGGAUCUGGGGCUGGACUGGGCUGCCCUGGUUUUUGUCACUCAACACACUUUGAAUCCGCUCCCCAGGCUCGCAUGUACAUCCCGUCUGGCUAAUAGCAGCCAACAGGGACUUCUGCAGAAAUGCUUUUGCUUAAAAUAGACUGGUGACUUCUUUUCACACAA